AGCUCUGUCACUCAGAUUGGUUAGUAGUGUUAUUUUUAAUUUCACAAGUGCAUUGCUUUGCACUGAUUCCGAAAGGGUUUCUCAAUAAAAUAUUUAAUUAUUUUUUGUAAUCAUGUUUCGUUCAUUAGUAGCUGAGGUGCCCUCAUUGUUUAAAAAGGGAUCACUGAGGAGUGCAAAAAAUUAUGCAACGGAGGCAAAAUUUGAAACGAAGCCUUACAAGCUCCAUAACUUAGAAACCGGCCCACCUACAUCUGCUACAGUUAGCAGAGAUCAAGCAAUCGAGUUGUACAAGCAGAUGCAAAUUAUUCGUCGUCUCGAAACAUCUGCUGGUAAUUUGUACAAAGAGAAAAUUGUUCGAGGGUUCUGUCACCUGUACUCCGGCCAAGAAGCAUGUGCAUGUGGAAUGAAAAGUGCAAUGCGUCCUCAGGACAACAUAAUUUCAGCAUAUCGUGUGCACGGUUGGACAUACCUUAUGGGAGUACCACCCAAAGGAGUGUUGUCGGAAUUAACAGGAAAGCAGGGCGGAUGCGCACGUGGCAAGGGAGGGUCCAUGCACAUGUACGCGCCCAAUUUCUACGGCGGAAACGGCAUCGUUGGGGCCCAGGUGCCGCUGGGUGCUGGGGUGGCAUUGGCCUGCCAGUAUAAAGGAAACAAAGGCGUUUGUUUGGCACUUUACGGCGAUGGAGCCUCCAACCAGGGUCAAAUUUUCGAAGCAUAUAAUAUUGCCCAUCUUUGGAAGUUGCCCUGUAUUUUCGUCUGUGAAAACAAUGGAUACGGAAUGGGAACCAGCGCCGCUCGGUCGUCUUGCAAUACUAACUACUUCCAGCGAGGAGACGUUUUGCCAGGGAUCUGGGUCGAUGGCAUGGAUGUCAUUGCCGUAAAGUUGGCCACUGAAUUUGCGAUUGAUUACGUCUUGAACAAAGGACCGCUCGUCAUGGAAGUUUGUACAUACAGGUAUUCAGGCCAUUCGAUGUCUGAUCCAGGCACUAGCUACCGAACACGUGACGAAGUUCAGGAGGUUCGACAGACACGUGAUCCGAUUUCCUCGUUCAAAGAUAAGAUCAUAGCCGCUGGUCUUGUAACAGCCGAUGAGAUUAAGAAAAUGGACGGUGAAAUAAAAAAGGAAGUAGACGAAGCAACAAAAAGUGCCAAGGCUGACACAGAAAUUGGACUUCCGGAAUUGACAACCGAUGUUUAUAGUAAGAAUUUGGAUGGCGAUAUAAGAGGCUCUAAUCCUAUUUCCUGGUUGAAGCAUAGCUCGCUGAAUAGAGCAGUCAAUCUUUAACUUUUGUUUUCAAGAGUACAAAUCGUCACCUUCAAGAAAAUCAAUAAUUUUGCAAUGAUUUAACUGAAA